CUACCGAGUGGACCGGAGGGUGAGGCGAAGAGGAGAAGAGGAGAAGAGGAAGCGCCCGCCCAAAUCGUGCGGGAGGCGACAGUCUCCACUUACACUCGGGCACCCUCCCGAUGAGGGUUGACUGCGAGGGGCAACUUGACUGUCUCACGGAGUUUUUGUUUGGUGUCAUUUGUCAUUUUUCAAAGCUUGAGUUAGGUGCAAGAUAGAAUCUUGCAGUCGCUUUCAUCUGAUCACAAUGGCAGCAGCGAAAACGGAAACUCUGUGCCUGCUGGGAUGUGGAAACCUAGGAUCAGCCAUCUUGAACAGUCUGCUCCGUACGGGAGAUAGCGAUCCAUUGUUCAGUCGAUUCAUCGCCUGUGUCCGCAGCGAAGCCUCGGAGAAGAAGCUAGCAGAGAAAUAUCCCCAACACGAGAAUCGACUCUCCAUCUCUCGCGGCAACAAUGUUCAGGCCGCCCGCGAUUCCGAUGUGAUUAUCCUAGGCGUGGACCCCGCCGACAUUGAGAAUGUUCUGAAGCAACCAGGCCUGCCGGAAGUGUUGGAGCGUAAACUCUUAAUUAGCAUCGCAGCUGGCUGGACCAGACAAAAGCUCGAGGAAACCAUCUACGGAAGCGAAACCACCAAUGCCAACCAGGCCGACCGGGCUUGGGUCAUACGCACUCUCCCCAAUAUUGCGGCGCAGGUUUCGCAGUCCCUGACAGCGAUCGAGGUCUCCGAGCCCUCUCCGCCAGAGUCCUACUUGAAACUCACGACGGCAAUUUUCGAGCGCAUCGGGCGCGCCGUGCAGAUUGAGCCGAGACUCAUGAAUGCGACGACUGCCGUAGGAGGGUCUACACCGGCAUUUUUUGCAGUAAUUUGCGACGCGCUGAUUGAUGCUGCCGUCGCGGUGGGCGUGCCGCGGAACCUGGCACAUACUAUGAUUUUCCAGUCCAUGCAAGGAACGGCCACGAUGCUCCAAAGUGGGAUGCACCCGGCUGUACUCAGGGACCAAGGUACGUCUCCAGAGGGAUGUACGAUUGGUGGACUAAUGGUGAUGGAAGAGGCGGGCGUCCGGGGUCAUAUUGGACGUGCUCUUCGCGAAGCAGUGACGCUGGCUCGUCUUAUGGAGACCACGGAGCAUGUGAAUGACACUCGGCAUUAAGUCCAUUAUUAUAUACAUAACUGGAAGAAGCAAAAUACCAUCUAUGCCGUCGAUAUUACUUCUCG